AUGCCGCUCAAAAGCAAGAAGACGAAGAAACCACGCGAAGCCGACUGGGCAGCCGACCCAAACUUCGACAAAAAUCGCGCCAUGAUCUACAUAGAACACACGCUCGAGUGCCCGAUUUUCCUGACCAAAGCCGAGGAGUUCGCCGCAUAUGUAGCCGAGCAGGUACCCAAUCGCAUUAUACAGCUUGUACGCAACAACAAUGGCAAAUUGGCGCCAAGAGAUGGUGCUUUCGAGAUUGGAUUUUCGCAGAAUGCUCGCACCUCAGUCCACCAAAUUUGGUCGGGCAUUGAUAAAGGGCCGCCCAGACGCGACAAAUUCCCACCAAAUUAUGAGCCGUUAAUGGAAGAAAUAUCAAAGGUACUGAAAAAAUUCUACCCAGAUGCAGAGGAAAAGGAUCUAUUAGAAGGUAUGGAGGACGAUGACGACGCUCCGGUGUACUGAGCAAGCAGCGAAGGCCAAAAGCUCGAUGCAAAAAUUUGUGGCAAGAAACGUAAUCAAGUUGUUGUAAAAAUUAAAGGAUUAAAAAUUUUACUAUUUGAUAAAAAUAGAACCAUUUAAACUUUUUCCAAUAUAAUUUUUGUUUACUUUUGA